CGCAGAGGGGAUAUGGCGUCGGCCACUCGCUUUAUCCAGAGGCUGAGGAAUUGGACAUCCGGGCAAAACCUGCAGGCGAAGCUGCAGCUGCGCUACCAGGAGAUCUCCAAGCGAACUCAGCCUCCUCCCAAGCUCCCUGUGGGUCCCAGCCACAAGCUCUCCAACAAUUACUAUUGCACACGUGAUGGUCGCCGGGAAGCCGUCCCCCCCUCGGUCAUCAUGUCCUCCCAGAAGGCGCUGGUGUCAGGAAAGCCAGCAGAGAGCUCAGGGGCAGCCACCGAGAAGAAGGCAGUGACACCGGCCCCUCCGAUAAAGCAGUGGGAACUGUCCCAGGACCAACCCUACCUUUGA